AAAUUCUUUGUCUUUAUAAAAUCUUGCCCACAGUUCGUGCGCAGUAGAUUCAGCAUCAUUGGUAUAUAUUCAGCAGUACGCUACUUCCCCACCCUGUUCUGUUAGCAUCUCUCCUCUGUUUGUGUAUCCUUCUCUCUGCAGCCAUGCUGUCUCAGUUGGAGAGAUCCAUGCAGUCCCUGAUCACGGUGUUCCAUCGCUAUGCCGACAAGGACGGUGACUGUAACACACUGAGCAAGAAGGAGCUGAAUGAACUCAUGCAGACAGAACUGGGCAGCUUCCUGAAGUCCCAGAAGGACCCAGCCGCCAUAGACAAGAUCAUGAAGAAUCUGGACCAGAAUGGUGAUGGGAUGGUAAACUUUGAGGAGUUUGUCUCCCUGGUGGUGGACCUCUCCAUUGCCUGUGAACAGAUCUACCAGCUCCACAUCAUGAAGUCUGCCGCUAAGAAGUGAGGGAGGACAGGACAAGGAGAAAGAGAAGCAGAGAUGGAUGCUUUUCUAUACGUCAAAUAAGUCACUUUAUAAGAAGUCUUACUGUUGUGAAUAAACACUGGCUUUCCCACUCUCUCUGUUUGUCACAUUUGUCUGAUGUGUCUGUCUGUUGUAUUUGGCCUGUAAUUUGUCUCGUAAGUGUAAGAAAUAGACAGUA